AUGACCAUGUCGCUCGUAUUCUACUUCAUACUCUCGCAACCAAAGUACUACAAAAUGUUGCAAGCUGAGCUCGAUGCCGCGUUCACGGAUCCCGCUGGCCUACUCGACUCUUCGAAGCUGGCAAAUCUUCCUUUCCUGAAUGCAGUCCUCAGUGAGACCCUCCGUCUGGGUACUCCUUUCUUCCUUCCUCGAAUUGUUCCGCCGAGUGGCCUCACUUUGGAAGGCCGUUUUAUUCCUGGAGGAACGAUCGUUGCCGUCGCGGUGCAUUCUCAGCAGACUAGUCCGGCUAACUUCUAUCCCGCUCCUUUGGACUUCCUCCCAGAGAGAUGGCUUCCCGGAGGGCUUGGACCUGAGUCAAUUACCGAGAGAACGGCACUCAUGUCAUUCUCCUCCGGACCUCACGUGUGUGUUGCCAAAGCCUUUGCCUACCAGGAGAUGCGUUUCGUAACUGCUCGCUUGGUACUUGCGCAUGACAUGAAAUUGGAAGAGGGUUUUGACGUCAAGGCAUACCGCGAUGGGAUCUUAAACAUGCGCACAACGGUCUUGCAGAGUCCUCUCAUGGUCAAAGCCACGAAACGGCGCGGAUUUGAUCUUGCGAAGCUUGGCUGA